UCGGUACCGAAAUGCAUUAUGGGAAUUUCAACAUGGCGGACGGAACGCGCUGUGAAAGAACAUUUUAAAGAGACCUGAUAAGGUCGAUAAUGCAAAGCAAAAUAGGAGUAUUUCAUAAUCCUUUCACCCUUGCUUGCCUUAUAUACAAGUCUAGGUGUUGUUUUAAUUCGAUUGCUUGAAAAACUGAUAAUGACAGAUGAUAUUUCGCCCCAAGACGCCAACUGUGAACUCCGCGCCUUUGAAGCUGAAGAAGACUUGCUGUCUGAAGUUCAGACGAAAAACACGGAUGAAGGAGCAAGUCGAAUGACAAUUCACAAAAAUGAAGAUGUAGACUUUCUUCCUGCAGGAAGAAUUAUAACUGAAGAGGAUAAGGAAGUUGAUCAGUCGACCAGUUUGCCAAAAAUCGAGGAAGAAUCCUCGAGCUCGGAUCAGGAACCGAAACCAGAGCCUGAACUUCUUUUAAAAUCGUCUGAGAAAGGAAUAAUCGAUCAUGUAGUGUCGAUUUUAGACAUAGAACCUUCACUUGUGAACUGCAGAGACAGUGAUGGCUACACGCCGCUUCAUAGAGCGUCUUAUAACGGGCGUAUGAACGUGGUAAGAGUUCUGUUACAAAGAGGAGCUGAUGUGGAUGCGAGAACAGAAGAUGGAUGGCAACCUUUGCACUGCGCAUGCAGAUGGGGAAAGACCAACGUUGCAUCUCUGCUGUUACAAAAUGGUGCUGAUAUCAAUGCACAGACCAAUGGCAAGCAAACACCUCUCCAUUUUGCCGCCAGUGGAGUCGCUGGAACAACAACUUUACAGCUUUUGCUUUGCAAUAGAUGGCUGGAUUCUAAAUUACGUAACAUGCAGGAUGAAACUGCAUACGACAUUGCAAAGCGGAGUGGCAAACACCAUGAACUGUUUGAAAUGGUUGAAGAUAGCAUCAAUGUUAAAUAAAGCAACCAGAUAAAUCUAAUUUAUGGAAAAUAAAAUUUAUUUAUGAUAGAA